AUGAAGUCGAACAAGGCAACCGGUCCUGAUGACAUACCUGUUGAUAUCUGGAAGCUGCUAGGAGAUCGAGGGUCCAUGUGGCUCGCAACUCUAUUUAACAAGAUCGUUGCAGAAGGACGGACUCUAGACGUUUGGCAAACUUCCGUGACCGUGCCUGUCUGGAAAGGGAAAGGAGACAUUGCUGACUGCACCUCGUACAGGCCCAUACGACUGCUCUGCCAUACGAUGAAGGUUUUUGAGCGUGUCCUGGAAGCUCGUCUGAGGAAAAUUGUUAGCGUUUCACUCAGCCAGUGCGGUUUUGUGAAGGACUGCAGCACUAUAGAUGCUAUCCAUGCUGUCCAAAUCCUCCUGGAAAAACAUCGAGAGAAGAACCGCAGUGUGCAUUUUGCUUUUCUCGAUCUCGAGAAACCGUGUUCCACAUGA